AUGGAAGCUCAUCAUUACUCUCCAUCACUGGAUUUGCUCUCCAAGAUCGAUCUAGAUGAAGAGGAGAAGGAUAUGAUGUCCUUCUUCUUUGAUUCCUCAUUUGAUCGUGAACAUUUGAAAUCUCUCCCACCACCAAAAGAAAGUUCAGACGCUCACGAAUCACACGAAACAUUGUCGGAACACAUUGACGUCUCUGAUGAGAACUUUGAUGUUUUUGGUUUUAGAUUUCUUCAUUCUGAUUCUCAAAAAUCAGUCAUUGAGAAGAGUGUGCUUCAGUCCGAUAAUGGUACAGAGUUCUUAAAAACCUUCACAAUUCAAGUAUUAGAUCAAGAGAAAUUUUUGAACGAGAAUGAUGCAGAUCAAUUUCCGACUCUUGCUAAGCGACUGUGUACAUUCUUACAAAGAAUGGAAUGCUUUUCCAUUGCACAACACGCUCAUGUGUUAUCACUCUUGAAUGUUUUUGUCAAAUAUUUAUUUGGAAAGAAGUUUAUUGACAAAGUGCUUUCUAAACAUGUUAAAUGUUAUCACAGCACGAAAUAUACAAUAUUUGUAAUGAUGAGAUAUUGCGUAUAUGUUCUUUCCUAUUGUAAAUCAUUUUCUUCAACAUCUCAACAAUUGAUAAACUCUGUACAUGAUGUUUGUAAAAUAUUGAAUACUCUCAUAGUGGGAAAGAAAUAUUCCGAAGCAGAAAUCAAACUGGAGAAAAAAAUUCCUGAAAAAGUAGUUGAAUUUCCUUUCUCACUGGUAUCAGCAGCCCAUAAAGAGACAUCAAAUGGUGCCAUCACGGAACAAAACGACACAUUAUCAAAGAUUUUAAGUUCAAUCUCUUCGCAAGAGUAUGGAGUAGGUAACCACAAUUACGUGUCAUCAUUAGUGGUAGGCAAGAAGUCUCGUUCUCCAUUGAGUUUUGAAAAAUUAAUCAGACAAGUGAGAAUGUAUCUAAUUGUGACCUUGAAAAUUGGAGAGCAUAUUUCGAGCGCUCUUUCCUCCAUUUUCAACAAUAGUGUGAACGUCGAUAUUCGUAAUGCAUUAUGUGGAAUUUUACAAAUACUGGCAAAGCCACUGGUUCGGACCGAACAAGUGCCAAUACAGAAACUUGUUAAUACUUGUAUCCAGUGCAUAAAUAAUCAGAAAGAAAAGUUCUAUCCAGCAGAUAUGUUAAAAGAAUUGGCCGUAGUGAUACUGAAAACCUUUUCAAAUGUUGAUACUUGCAAACAGGUUUUGUCCUAUUUAUUGCGAGUUGUAUCUGCACAAAUUAUUGCUGAAGAUGUCGAAAAUAUUGCAAAAAGCACGGAAUUUCUUUCGAAUUACGUAUACCUUCUGGACAAUAUUCAAAUGUCAAACUCUCAUGCUUUUUCUGAGUUGAGGCAGGAAUUAUUGAAUUUUCAUGCUCCUUCCUACAUUGCGAGUGCAAAAUUCGAUCGACUCUUUCCGCUGCCUUCCAUUGAAUACAAAACCGUUUGUGAUGAAAUAGAAAUAUCAAAAGAAAUGAUGCAAUGCUCAAUCACGGAUAUAUUCACUCGGGCUCUUAUUUCAAGAUUAAUUAUCAUUGCAGAAGCAUCAUCAACAAUAUCUAUCACGCAAGACCAUUAUUCCACAUUUAUAGCCAAUUUUUUCUUGUUUUUGAACCACUUAGUGAACAAUUGGAGCAAAACCAUAAGGGCCAAUGUUGCUAACGAAAUUUUGGACAUUUCUAAUUUUUCUACUUUCUGCAAGUUGGGAGAUGACACACCCGAAUUUAGAAAUCUUUGCUCACAGUGUUUAUUCUCCAUUGCCUCCCUUGACGAUGAAUGUAUGCUGGACGUUUUUGAGAAAAUUAACAUCAUAGAUAUUAGUGAAGAUAUAUUCAAAUUCUUUGUCUCUCUGUCCCUUCGCAAUGCAUCACGUAAUAAGUCUGUGUUUGAGAGAGUAUGGAUUGGUUACAUUCAUAACAUGAAAAAUGCGAAACAGACAUUGCUCUCUCAAGAAAAGAUGCUAUUCUUGGCGUUAUGCUUUAGCACUAUGGACAGUACUGCAAAAUCAUUAAUAUUUAGCGAAUAUGUCAAGCUAAUUAAGACCGAAUUGUCUAACUUGAAAAGUAAGAGCUUGUCAAGCCAUGUUCUAGUUUUAUUUGAGUACUUGUGUAAAAACUUUGAUUCCAUGCCAAUUAACCUUGAAUCUCAGCUGUCAGAUUUCUUUCAAAACAGCGAAUACAAGUUGAAGAUUAAUUAUAACUCACUUUUAGACAAGUUGGGAGUAAGAAAUGAAAACUUCUUUGAACUUGACUACGAGCACAAUGCUGAGCUAUCAUCCACAGCUGUUUCAAUUUUGAAGCAGAACGACAACUGUGCAGGAUUAGUGCGAGCAUUACUUGUGAACAUCAGUCAACUGAGUGAUUCUGAUGACAAGGUCUUGAUGAAUACAUUUGAUUACAAUGCCGACAUUUGCAUAAGACUUCUCAACCCCCUUCUGAAACUUGACUCUAUCAAAAAGUUUGAAGCAACAAGCACAAUCGUAGAUCGACUCAGUUAUUUGAUUCAGUACAUACACAACAACGACAUGAAUCAAAUAGACCACCUCUCGCAAAUUGUUGACAUGAUCAUAAUGACAUCACAUAGCACGGAUGAAGUACCAACUUGUGAUAACUCAAUCCUAAGUUUAGUUUACAUUAAGGAGUGUUUAGGCAUACUUGAAAAAUAUGACUCUCGUCAACUGGAUUGGAAAUCAGAAACCGUAGAGCUGUUACUUAAGAGGCUUUGUUAUUUUUGCUCUUUAUCUAUGCAACAGCUGGAUUCUAUCAUUCAACGAGAUUUAAUGUAUUGUAACCAAAUGAGUGAAGAGGAGGCACGUUUUAGCGUUUCAUUACUGCGAAGUGCUCUGAACAAGGAAACUAUUAUGACUUGUAUUGGAUUACUCACAUCUUCCGGAACUGUAAAGACCUCUUCAGCUAAUGUCUCCGAAUGGCAUGACUCGAAAUUGAACGCCCUUAAGAAUAUUUCCGACAUUUUAUCAGAGAAGAGCCUUUGGAAAUUCUUUUUCCAUCAUAUCAUUGGAUCUGUUCAUUUGUCACAUCGUAAUUUGCAAGCCUUUUCAUGUUAUAAUACUAUCAGGUCAAACAUUGACAUGAUUGCCAAUGUUACAUCCAUUGUUAAAGACAAAGGCUAUUCAGCGAACUUUUCAAGCGUUAUGCCAGAUUUAGUAGCAUUGCUUUUGAACUUGCGAGAACACUAUGUGUAUCGAUCUUCUCUUUUGGUCGAACCCAUCAUGUUUAAUCUAUUUAGCGAAGGAUUUGUUAAUGAGCUCAAUGUUUAUAGAACCUUCACCGUCGGAAUGGUGCUAUCGUCGCUACAAGCAUCAGACUUAAUUUCCAAAAAACCGUCAUGUGCCCACAAAAUCAUUUCUGCAUGCUUCGAAUAUUUAGAAGAUUAUAUUUUGUCAAAGGGAAAAAGAAUGCAAAGCGUGCAAUCUCUCAUGUUUGGUGAACCAGAAAUUCCAAAAUUCUGUACAAGUUUCAGAUUUGAUGCUGUAGUUUUGUUCAAGAUUUUAAUGGCCGCGGCUGACACAGACAUUGAUUUAUUCAAGCUUGUUCUUUCCUUCUUGGAAUUAAUAAUUUCUAAAUUUGAAGUGGGUAUCACUAGCUUACUGCAAUCACUUGCCUCAUUGGAGAACAUUGACAUAUUUUUGCAAUCAUGUUUUAAAAAACAUGAAACAAGACCUUAUUUGCAAAAGUUCCUUGUUUCUAUCCAUGAUAAAUCAGGUGUGCAAGCCUUCAUGCCUGUCUUUGUAGACGCAAUGCUGCAAGUGUUGAAACAUAUUAGCAAGUCUUCUCCAUCUGACUUUUCGAUGGUUUUCACCUCAAUUCUUGAAGUCAUUCACAAGACAACCAACUUGGAAUGUCACGACAAGUUUUUCAAGUGUUUGAAUGAAAUUAUACAAGAACAAGCAGAAGUGAAAGAAAUUAAGGUCCUGUCUCCAAUCUGUAGAUUUAUCUAUCAGCAGCUAAUGCAAAAAGUUUCUAACGAACAAAAUGAAAAAACUCUAACAGUGAUCAAUCAGUUCAAAGCAAAGACUAAAUAUGGUGAAAAUAUUAAGUUUAAGGGACCAAUUGUUCAAUCCGCAAAUGAGAUUCAUACGAAAAUGGAUAACAAUGAGUACGAAGCAUAUCAUAGUCUAUUGGUAGAUGAAACAUCUUCAAAUAUUGACUUUGAUUCAAUUACGAAUUAUUUCAAAGCUUCCACCAUUGAAUCACAAAAUGACAUGAUCUCAGGAAAAUCGGCUUCUACAAGCAUUGCGAUCAUGGAUGAAACCAUGACUUGCCUUCUCCAGUUACUAGAAAACUUGAAAACUUCGUAUGAGAGCAAUACAAAAGAAUUAGAGUCAUCACUUUCGAAAUGGGAUUUGAAGGAUGGAUCUGUCAAUAGUUACUCAAGAUUACUGCUCGAUGAGACCUCAUCAUAUCCUACCUCCACCUUUAAUACAAAGUUAACAUUUGAGAGAAGACAAGAGGCCAACAUUUUCAGAUCCAAACCAAUGCCUCGACACUUAGUAUCUUCAAAUCUGGCAAAUACAGUCAUCAUAGCAGAACAAAGUGAUGUUCAUUUACUGAAAUCAACAUCCAAUUUCUCAGAUUCUGUUCCAAGAGAAAAUUCUGUGAAUGAUAUCAAGAUAGCUAAUUCUCACUCAAUGUCCUUCAAAGUUGUUCAUGUAAAGGUUAAUCCAGAGAAUGACAACUUUGUAGCUGUAGCUGGCAUAUAUGAAUGUCAUGUUCUUGUACUUGAUAAUGAGUUGAAUGUGAUCCAACAGGUUCCAUUAUAUCUUGCAUGUGAGGAUAUGCCGUCCGAAACUUUUGUCAUCGAUAUUCAAUGGUUACCAGGUGAGCAAUGCUUAUUGGCAGUGACAACAAAUCAGUUUGUUAAGGUUUAUGAUUUAUCAUCAGACACUUUUUGCCCAACCUUCAACUUUAGUGCUCAGAAUGAUCAAAUCGUUUCCAGUGUGUUUGCUCCAGAUCCAAAAGGAAUGAAAGAUCUAAAGACAUGUUUUGCUUUGACAAAGAGCGGAAAGUUGUAUUACCAAUCAUACUUCAAUAGUGGAGGAGAAGCCUAUUUCUCUGACUCUGUUGACAUCAGCAGAUAUUCUCAUUCUGCGGAAGGGAAAAGAGUGUUUUAUUCUGAACUGAUUCAAGUGUUGUUUGCAAGUUUUGCUGAUGGAACAUCGAUAGCUCUUAAGCUCGAUCAUUUGUCAGGAGGCGUUCAAAGUGUUUUAGAAAUCUCGAAGAACUCUGAGCUGAAACAACUUGGUUGUUGGACGCAUCUUUGUGAGAUUGUAGAUAUGUGUGGAGUUUUGGUUGCUGUUACCUCGAGUAACAAGUCCGUAGUUCUCAAUUUUUCUUCUGACAAAGUGGAUUAUCAAAUUUUGCCCAAUCCUGAUAGUCACACCUUAGAGGGAUUAACAUCCAUUCCUCCAUUUGGAAAAUACUCAUCAGUUUUGGCUCUUUUUUCAAAUGGUGAAUUGAAAAAGUUUAUGGUAACCAAAGAUGCCACUCCUUGUUGCUCGCUUCCACCUAAAUGUAGAAUUAGUAGAGAGUUGAAAAAGAGACAAUCUUCGUUAAAGCACUUCCAAACAUUGGACAUACAAGCAGAUGAUAGUUCCAAGCAGCUCACUGUCUCAUCAUCACAAGUCGAUACCUCACUCGAUGCCCAACCUGCAGACACUUCUUCAAGCAAAGAUAUCACCUCCAAAUGCUCAUAUUCCGGAGACGGAAAUCUCACAUCAGACGAAAUCAAAAAUAUGAAUAAUGACACUAAUACAACAUCUCUAUGUGCAACACGAGUGGAUGGCAUGAAAAUUUCCAUUCACAAACCAGACAAUAUUGUGAUCACUGGAAUCAAGGUGUUACUGGGUAAAAAUAAUAAGGCCUCCAUUCCUUCAACAAUUAGUUCACUUGGACAUUCCAUCUCCAGUGAGAAAGAUGUAGAAAAAUGGUAUACAAUCAAUUACACAAAUGAGGAAGCGUUGAACAUGGGUAAAACUUUAGACCUCGAUAUUUCUGCUUCCGUUGAUAAAAGUACUAUGCCUACCAUAGAUGGACUUAAGAUUCUAGGCCUGGAUUCUGGACCCUUCAGGUAUAAUUAUGUCAAGAAGAAAUUGGAAGGAGAAACUAGUACUUCAUCUGAAAAAUCCACACAAAACCUACCCGAAGAAAAACAUCAAUUUUCUACAGACGAAGUGGCAAUCAUACACGAUAUUGCUAAAUCAAUAAUCCCAUACGAACUAGCAGUUAACCUUAAAGAUUCACAAAAAGAUGGUAUUACGUCUUUAAUUUCUGAUUGCCUUUUACUUCCCUCCUUAUCUGAACUUAAAGAGGUAUUCCUUUCUGUACUUUUAGCGACUUGUGAUAAUGUUGAGAGCUUUACAAUCUUAAAAACAACGUUGGAGCUUGAUCGACUUUCAAAAAGAAAGCUAACUGAUUUGGACGAAUCUCAUGCUAAUUUGAUCAUUGACAAAUAUGUAGACAUUUUGUUCUAUGACCCUGAUCAUUUUUAUAAUCGAGUAUUGUCAAACGAUGCUGGUUUUAUGUCAUCUAUGUUCUCUCUUCUACAGAAAAACAAAUCAGACGAAAAACUUCAAACUGACUCCCUCGUUAAGUUAUGUACAGGAAUGGCAUUGAUCGAAUUUUUGAAGAAGAGCAGCGAAGAAUCGCUGCAACAGAUCUCUAAAUUAUUGCUUGACGAAGAUGAAGAAACUGUGAGAACCAGCGCAUCGCAGGCUGUCGCAAAAAUUUUAGGCAUUGUCAAGACACAAUCUUCUACUUUAGCAAAAUUGCUUACAGAGUUUUGCUCUCUAAUGUCAAAAUGUUCGGAUUCUUUAAUAGCCCUCAAUAUUUUGCAACUUAUUUCUGUGGUUAUUAUUCGAUCAUGUUCAAACCUUGCACUUGAUGAAAUAAUCAAUAUUGACGGAUUGGUGGCCUCAAUUUGUGAUAAGUUAUCAGUGUCAAGCUUCUUCAAAAACUUGACCCCUCAGAAUCCUGCUAGCGAGAAACGGAUUUUAAUUCUUGACAUGCUCAUCUCACUUUUGUCAUUAAGCGAAGAGACACAGUGGACAUCAUACCUUAGACAGGCAAUAUGCAAAACAUUGAACAACAUUCCUUCAAUUCAUGACGACAUUCUCUCUGCAUGUGGUGAUGCUUUAGUUCUGUUUGUUCCGACAGAUCAUCAAGCCGAAUACGAAGAUAUAAUGGGUGGUCUUCUGAAGAGUCAGAAAGAAAUUCCUACUAGAUUGUUUUCUCCAAUUUUCAGUGAUCUCUAUAUUUCAGAUAACAAGACAAACAUAAUGGCAGAAUAUCCAAGAAUAAUUUUGCAGUCCUUAUUCAAACUUACCAAAUACUUGAAUAAGCAGUCUUUGAUACCUGAAGACAAUAUAACAAAGUGGUACAAUUUCCUCGCAAAUUUGGCAGUGGAUGAGAAUGAGUAUUUGAGAUCAAUCAGCAAAUAUUAUUUGCUUGAGCUAAGUGGCUCUAUUGGCAAGUUCAAUAAGAUCAUGGAUGAUAAAUUGUUCGCCACUAGAUUAUCUGAUUUUAUGAAACCAACAGAACUGGUAUCGAAUUGGUCUCCUGAAAGAGCCAGAAGGAUUGUUGUCAAUGUAAAUGAAGUAGUUGAUCGUGUAGUGAACAAUCCUAUUAAUUGGAUCGAUUUCUGCUUAGUCAAUGAUACUGUACUUCCUUCUUUGCUUGAGUUUACAUUUUUACUAGAUGAGAGUGUUACGAUACCUCUACAGUUGCUUAAUUGCUCGUUUAGCACUGAGAACAAGUCUCAUUUGGAAAAAGUUACAUCAUUAUACAUGUCACAUAGCUCAAGAACUUUGAACAGAUUUAUAGACUUUGUGUUCAAUGGUGAAACCAGCAAUAUUAGAGCAGAGUCAGCCAAAUUUUUGUCGAAACUUUUUACCAAUUCAUCCAUCAAAUCUAAAGAAAUUUUAUUUAAUAUUAUUAUCAAACGUGUGGCCUCACUGCCCUAUUAUGGAAGGAAGGGAAGAGAAUUUACCAAUCAUUUACUGAUUCCAAUAUUUGAGGUUUAUGAGAAAAAGCGUCAACAAAUUUCGGACGAGCUUGUUAAGUGUCUUGAAUCGCAAAAUCAUCUCAUAGGCAACCACCCCAAUUCUUACAUCUAUGAUAAUCUCCAAAAUUAUUUUAGUUUAGACUCUAAAGGUUACUACUUGGAAACGGUACCAUGUUUGAUUUGCAUCUCUCCUGAGGUUCCAAGCCAACAAGUCGUUCUCAAGGACAUUACUAAGGCUAAAAAAUUUUCUCAUUCUUCAGAAUAUGUGAAGCUUAAAAACUCCUACAUCAUUGAAUCUAUGGAAAUUAACAUUUCGGAUGCCAAAAAAUCCAAGAUGAUAAGAACAGUUGAGUUUUAUUUUAACAAUAAUCAGGCUUUGGAGGUUCACGACCUGACAAAAGCAUCAACGGUUUGGCAAAAAGCUGGAAGCAUGACAGUUCCAAAGAAUUCUUCUCAGUGUAACAUCACAUUUAGUGUACCUAUCACAUGUUGUAACUUAUUAAUUGAAUUUUCCAGCUUUUAUUACGAUCUUGCUUCCAUGGAUGCUCUUUUCUGCAGUAAUUGUGGAAUUCCAGUUUAUGACAAGUAUGGACUUUGUUUGACAUGUGGAGAAAAUGUUUUCUCUUGCCACAAAUGCAAAGCCAUCAACUAUGACCAUUUAGACGCCUUUGUUUGUUCUACAUGCGGCACUUGUAAAUAUGCCACCUUUGAGUUUUCAUGUUUAGGAAAACAAGUAUUUAUUGGAGACAAAAUUAGAAAUGAAGAAGAUUGUAAAAAAUCACUGCAAAUUAUUGACACCCAACUCAAUUCUAGUGCUAAUAAGCUCAUUGGCCUGAAAGAGAAGAGUUCUGAAAUUAAGUCUCUGUUGAUCAGUUUGAAAACAGGUGAUUAUAAGGGAAAGUCUUUGACCGAACUGAUCUCUUCACUUGAAGAUUUGUACAAUAAUCAGACCAAAGCUCUACAUGAAGGACUUUCGAAUUGCCAGAAAAUCAUGUUAACUACGAGAAAACAGUUGAGAGAAUAUAUCUCUUCGAACAGAAGAAGCGACAAGAAAUACUAUCAGUCGGAUCAUUUUGAUGUAUCUACCCCUCAACAUAACCGAUGUUUCGGAUGUGCUAAUAAUCUUGUCAGCAAUGUCAUUGAUUUCUAUCAAUCCAUCCAUGAUUGCAAAGGCCUUUCUAUUAACGAUCAACUCUUGAAUGAACUUUUUGUCAAUGUGAGCCGACUAGGAAUGAAAGAGAAAGCACUACAGGUGCUGACAAAGAUCUCCUUUAUUGAUGAUAUUGUAAGCUCUAAAGUCAAUACUUUGUUGCAACAGAAAAUUAUUAACUGUUCCAAGAAGACUCUCAAAGGAUAUGAUGUCACAGCUCAAUUAAUUGGACUGGUAGAGUUGUUGAAGAGACUUUGCUGUGAUGAGAAAGAUCCUUUCUUUAACUCUAGAAUGUUAAUGCUAUUUGGAAUAUUAACUGAAACAACACUUCAACCUGGAGCCUCAUCAUCUGUGAUCAUCUGUGAAGAGUUGAUACAACCUUGCCUACAAAUUAUCCUCAAGUUUGUCACAUAUGCCAACCAAAAAUGUAAGGAAGAGCCAACACCGGCCAAUGUUGAGUCUCCGAUGACACCAACUAGAGCUGUACAAUUUGGUUAUCAUCAAUGGAAAGAAGGAGAAAUGACAUUUGAUAUGUUUAAGGCAAACCAAAUUCCCAAGAAGUUACCAAGAAAUAAUUUUGAAAUCUUAGGGAAAGAUGUGCUAUUUAAACUUUUGCUUAAUGAUUGUUCGAGCUCUGUAAGAGAUACGACCACCAAAAUUAUCAAAUGUUUAUGUGGAAAUUCACAAAAAGAAAUUGGCAUUUUGCAGGCAUUGACAACUCUCUUACCAGAUGCCAUGGUGCGUGGUGAAUAUUCUUCUAACUUUUUCUCUCUAUUCAACACUCUUGUAGAAAAGGAAGAAAGAAAGGUUCUACUUUCAAGCAAAGGGUUCCUUUCCUUUGUAUGCAAAUUAUUGAAGAAGGAAGUCGUUCAUCUUCAUCAUUUGGAAACUUUUUCAUCCAAUCAAAGCCAAGAUCUUUCAACAGGAUCCAGUUUAUACUUUUUGGUUACACUUCUUUCUGACUUUUUGCAUAUAUCUGAUAUUUUGAAUGAGUUUAAGACCAAAGAGGAACAUGUUAGUACCGUGUUAAGCAGCUUCCUGUCACUCAAAUCAUUCGUUGUUCAAAAAACAAAGUCAACAACUGACAGUCAAAGUAUUCUAAGACAAUUAACGGACAAAUUACAAGAGACUGAAUCAGACAAGAAGCUCUUUAUUAUUGCAUGUAUUGACACUUUAAAAAUGUAUAGUGACAAUCGAACAGCCUUAUUUGUGUUCGAAAAGCUGAAUAGCAUGAUUCAGCCUGUAAAAACUGAGCCUGUUUAUAAGCUGAAAUUAACUCGUGCAGCCAGCCAAGAAUUCUAUUUCCAAGGAAGACUUUCUAAACAACAAUGGACUACCAAGGAGUUUAGCAAAAAUGGACAACCUGCUCUAAUGUCUGACGUAAAAGAUAAGAUUUGUGAAGAAAUGAAUAUUCACAGCGACAUUCCUUUCGAGUUGUUGGUCAAUAAUUGCAUUAUUGCUCUCAAUUUACCUGUAGUGAAAGUAUAUGAAAAGGUCUGGCUAACCAGAAACGUAGAAACUAAUAACAACACACCGAUGGAAAUUGUUUUUAGAUUCCAGGGCAUUGAUGGAGAAGCAACCGAGGAUAGAAUUGAAACCUUACCUAGAGAUGACGAAUCCAUUGAUAUUGCUCAAAAGAGUAAGAUUACUUCAGUCAUAUCAACACAUGGAGGAGUUGAGGUCAUAGUUUCAUAUCUUCGAUCUAUCACCGAUUUUGGAUCGGAUAAGGAACUUGCAAAGAAUCUGUUACAAUUUAUGCUCUACUGCACAUACAGUAAGCUGAAUAGACGUAGAUUUUUAAUGACAGACACUGUAGAAUGCCUCCUUUCAAAAUGUAAAUAUGUCUUCCAGCAUAGUGAGAUGGCUGAAAUUGCCGAGUUACUCCUUCUAUGUAUUAAGCCACUUGUCAAAGAGGCAACCAAGAUGAGUCACGAGACUGGAGUACCUUCAAGCCCUCUUACAAGUCCUAUGAGCCCAUCUUUUUCCUCUGAUAUUUUCUCUGUCGACUCUGCUAACGAUCUUUCUCCAAGCGUUUUAGGAAAAUCAGAACAAUACAAGAUUAGCCAGAAGGAAAUCCUUGAACAAUUGAAAAUGUUUUUAGAGAGAUUGCCUGUGUGUAGUUCUAAAAUUGUUUCAGCUGUACAGUCAUUGUUACCAUUUCUGACCUACGGACUUGAAGAAUCAAUGGAUUAUCUCAUUCAAUACUUUGAACCAUAUUUGAAUUUUGAUUCAUUUGGUAACACAACAAAAGAAAAAUUCUAUUUGGACUCAUUCGUUAAUGUGGUUCUGAGCAUCCCCAAUGACUUUGCUGGAAAUAAUCUCAAGUCCAUGAUACUCAACAAAGGAAUUACCAAGAAAGCCAUUGAUUUUAUAAUGAAGAAUUUUGAUCUGAAGAAUACAUCCUCAUGGAAGUCAACACUCAGCUUGCCCAUAAUUCCAUUCAUUUUGAAUUUGCUUCAAGGUUUGGUGUCAUAUCACCUUCCUUCUUUGACUGCGAUGAAUAAUGUAGAUUUAUUGACCGUUCUUCACAAGAUUGAAGAAAAUACUGACGAAAAGAUUGUUGCAACACUCGCCGAAUCAUUGCUCAACACUAUUGCUGAAGGAUCUUCCCAAAUUAAACCCACCAUUGACAACCUCAGAAAGAGCACCAAAGAAAAGAAGAAAAAGAAGGCGCUUUCAAAGCGUGAAAAGACUCUUCAGGAGUUGAAAAAACCUGCCAUUUCUGCAUUUAAUUUCGAUGACAUUGAAGAGGAUAAGGGUAUUAUUUGUUCCAUUUGUGGCGAUGGAUAUGCCUACAAGCCAGAAGAGGUCAUUGGAACUUAUGUAUUUUGCAAGCAUGUAUUCCUUACAGACAAUUCUGGCGCCAUCAGUUCAGUCACUCAUUUCAACACUAUUCACACUUCGUGUCACUCUCAAGCUGUUGUGGCUGAUCAAAAUAGAAAUCCUCCCAAGUCAGAAUGGGAAGGCUCUUUGAUCAGAAACUCGUUCACUAAAUGUAACGCUCUAUUCCCAUUCAAAGGUCCAAAGACAUCGACAAGUAACUACGCAACUGCUGUCAAGAAAUUCUGGUCUGAUGUCAAAAUUGUGAAGAAUAUUUCUAGAGAUCAUUUUGACAUUCUUUCUCAUGAUUUGAUGAUUUUGUUUAACAAGUUUGCCAAAGAAGAAUCUUUUUCAAAGGAUGCAGGUGGUGGUAGUGCCAUCCAUCAAGUGAAAUUAAUACCAUUCAUGAUUCAAAUGGGCCUCUACCUUUUGGAUACCCUAAAUAAGAAUCGAGAAACAUAUGAGACAAUCCUUACCAGCUUUUUGAACACGGAUAUUGAGACAAAUCUUGAUGUGGAAAAUAUCAGCUAUAACACAAUUCUUUCUUUGUAUCUAAUGACAUUGGAAGAAUGGAAUUACUACAAAAAUAUUGUUCUUAAACGCUUCAUUACAACAACAAGAAAUUUGAAGCAAGAUCACACGGAAUGGUUCCAAUUAGUGAGACCUGCUCUCAUCUUUGUGUCGCUCAUUGAUAUUUAUCAAAAAGCACUCAAACCCAAUUCAAAAUUGACACUCAAGACAGACAGCAUCCAAAUUCGUCAUGCAAGCUCUGAGCAAUGGAUACAAGACUUGUUACACAAGAUUGAAAACAUUGAUCAAGAACAACUCUCAAAAUUGGAAGGAAUUGCCACCCUCUACACCAACAAGCUAUUGAAAUUCACCACUCUGGAAGAAUUUGAAAAACAAAUGGCCUCUUCUGACUUUACAUUGUAA